AUGAGAAGGCACUUUUUACCAAUUUGUGAUAUUUUCCAAAUAGUUUACAAAUCUUCCAAUCCUCUUUUCUACCUUAUUCAAAGAGUUGGUGAAGCAUGCAGACAAGCAAAGUGGAUCUAUAAACCAAGUGAUUGCAUGUUAGUUUUUGAAGCACUCUAUCCAUUAUUUGUAGAGAUGAAAGAGGAAGAGUAUGAAAAUCUUGCAACAUCUCCAAGCAUUGUCAAAGAGGCAGCUCAUACUCCCUUAUGCUUCUCAAGUUUAUUCUCCCCCAAGAUUGCCUUACCAGUGCAUGUGAGAGCUAUUCACAAAAAGUUGUUGGCAAUUACAGAGGAUAACAUUUUUAGAAUCUUGUUGGAUAUUAUACAUACCGAUAGUACUCAGAAGAAUUUUUCCUUAUUCAAGAUGGCAAUUGAAUGUGCCUUAGAGAAUCCAUCAGAAUUCGCUCCAACUCUCAUGAAAAACAGAAUUGCUGCUGCAAUGGGUAGUAUGCGAAGUGGAUCUUUUAAUGAGCAAUUGAGCGAAUUCCUCAUCCAAAUUCACCCAAUUGUCGAUUCAAUUUGUGAAAGUAAAAAAUGGUAA